AUGAGUGCAUCACAUGACCCGUUACAGGAGUAUGUCGUCGGGUAUCCGAAACUGGCAGCGCAAAUUGAGAUACUGCCCGAGCUUUCCAUGUUUCGCAGAUUCGGUGCUCUCAAUGCCCAGAACCUACUCUACAUGCAAGCUGAACUUGCGUACCUAGAGAAGAAACUCAGAGAGCGACAGCAAAUCGAUGCCAACGACCCAUCUGGAAAGAGAUCAGCCUACGCACUGAACUGGUUCUGGCUCAAGGGAUCUGAAAACACUGACGCGGGCGAGCAGCAGGCGCUCGUGUUGAGAAUCAGGCAAGUGCUAAAGGAAUACACCUCCAUUCUCAAAUACCCCAAACCCAGCCCCUGGGACCUCCACCACAUGCAAAAUUACCUUCAAACUUCCGAAAUGGGCUCCAACGCCCUAACUGGCGACGAUGCCAGAAUCUGGGGCUCCGUCCUGGACCGCGACUCCCAAAAUCCCGAUCUCAUCACUCUGUGUCCGCGAGAAAAGAAAGAUGCAUUUUCCGCGUGGGCCGCAGAAAGCACAAUUAUCAACCUCCUCCGAUGCGGCUGCGCGCGUUUUAUGAAGCCCUCGCGCGUCCAUGGGGUUGUGGGAUAUCAAGAUGGUACGAUUUACAGGGUCACGUACUGGUUUACUAGUAUUCUUGCGUCGUUGAUUCCGAUUGCGUCGAUUGCGGUGCUGUAUCGUGUUCAAUCCAUGUCUGCGAGGUUGGGUAUUAUUGCUGGGUUUAAUGUGUUGGUGUCGAUCUGUUUGAUGGCGUUGACGGGGGCGAAGAGAGCGGAGGUUUUCGCUAUCACUGCUGCGUAA